AUGGAUGACUCAAAGACUCCUCCACCACCUCCUAAAAGUAUCCCUGUGUUAAGAGCUUUUGUCCGUUAAGUUUGCAAUUAAAACUAAGCGAAUUAGAAAGAAUUAGCACAGAUUAGAAUCAAGAAAGCCAAAUUGUGUUUAAGUACUCAGAUGCGUAGUAGGUGUGUAUUCUGGGCUCUGCAGGCCUCGGCCUUUUCACGUUUUGCUUUCUUGAUACCAAGAAUCGCACAAACGAAGUUUUUUUAAUCAUUUGCACCAUGAGAUCUUUCAAUUUACGGUUGAUGAUUCUAUCAACUUCAUAGAAGCUCAUACCUCUUUAACAUUUCAAUAAAACGCCAACCUAAAUCUUAUUACAUUAUAAACCGCUUUGUCAUCUCGAGAGACUUUGCUUUUCUAUUCUUUUUAUAGGACAGAGCGUGUCAGAAAAGACAAAAGGACUGAUUGCAUUUUGAAUCCACAACGAGUCCCUGUGUCACUCACAAAAUUGACCAGGCGAACAGGAAAUAAAUCAAUCUUGAAAACAGCAUGAAACUAAUAAAAGUACAAAUGUUCACUUCCUGAGAAGCAACAGGUGGCUCUAUAACUUCUCAUUGUAUAUUCGCGGGUCUUAGGUAAUACUUUUCUUGCGGGAGACGGCACGCCAUUUAGGAAAUGCAGGGCAUUUGAUAAUCAUGCAUUUCGCCGUGGGAGGUCAUUUUCGCCGUUCGCAAUGUUCAUUUAUUUAUUCCCAGCUCAUACAAUAAGCUGAUAGAUUACUUUUUUAAUACACAAGCGGAUACAUUACCCGAGAAAACGAACGUCUCGCGCAUCAAUGGAAUCCACUUUGUUCGCUUAACAACGACGAAGGUGCUCCGGGUAAGCCCUCAUAAAUGUUCUGUUUAUCACAGUAAAUGACCUUUAGGCGCCGAAAGGCAGAACAUUGUACUCUGUUAUUAGUUUCCUUCUAAUACACAUUCCAAUUUUCAUAGUUAUCAAAGCGGUGAAACAAAAUGGCAUCUCUAAUACUCCCUCCUCAGUGGAUGGACAUGGGCUCUAAACGACUUUGCUCUUCAAUGGCAGAGUUGUUUCUCAGUGUGAUUGAAGCACAAAAACAAAGAGUAACCUAGGAGGGGUGCUAGCAAAGAUUCAUGUGUGAAUAAAUAAGGAACAUUUGAACGUAAAAGUCAGAGUGCCAAGCACACUCAAAAGAAAACAAGCAUACGCUUUUUUGAAGGCCCUAUCGCGACGUGCAAAUUUCCUGCUCAGCGGAAAUCAGUCAGUAACAACUAUAAAGCUUCUAAUGAUGUGACACGAAAAUAACGAAACUAUUUAAUUUCCACUGCUGGUACCCUUAAAAUAAAUUUUGAUGAUCACAUUUUCAUGAAUAGUGUCAACUGACAUAGCGUUAAGCGAGAAAGCACUUUUGAUCUUGGCGAAACAAAGUUAAACUUUGCGGAAAUUUUCAUUCUUGACUGCCUUCAACUAUUCGUUUAGCGCGACACACUCGUCUUCUUUUUGUCUCAAUUGAGACGUGAUUAGCCCGUAGUUAAGCAACUCGCAUUUGACUACUUGAUUUCUAGAACCACUUUUGCCUGCUAGCUCGGGUCUCAUGAUAUCUUUACUACUUCAAUCGAUACUUUUACAAUAGCAAUAAGUUAAAGAGGGAAGACAUAAUUUUCGUUUUUAUGACUGGUAAGGCUUGUCGUAUAAUCUUGCCUAACCAUUUCCAAAACAGACAGUAUUCAUUAUGCUGAAGUGACGCAUUUCCUAUCAGAGAAGUACGAAAACUUCCAUGCACCUGAUGGCACCCAGUCUGCGAACAAAAAAAUGGCACUGACACGCAUAGUAUUGCAUGCCUGAGGGGUUGUUACUAUUUUUUAACGUGUUGAAAUGCCGCACGCGCUGGUAGACUACGAAAUAAUCACAAUAGUUGCAUGGUUAUUACACGCUAUAAUGAGCCAUCUUGUUAUCAUUUUCUGACACCAUGUCAUCUGCCUAGUUUCAGCCAAUUCUAGGGACGUUUUUCCAAAAGCAGAUGACCCCAUUUUUGCUAGAGGCAAACUUGAAUGAAUGAUGGGAUCCAAUUAGUUAAUAGUCCGAAUCACUUUUAAUAAUUUUUGACAAACAAAUUUACAUUUUGAAUUAACGAGCAAGAUGCCGAAAUGAGAUAAGCAUGGCGAAACAUAUGUUUCCUGUUUUUUUUUUUUUUUUUUUUUUUUGAGUGAUUGAAGGAUAGGACAGUUGCGUCUUUAACUAGAUUUAUUUCAUUUGAGGGUCCUUAAAUAUUGCUUGCCGCAUUUUUAUUCAAGAAGGCGUACAAAAACAAUUUCUAUGUCACGUCAAAAAGCUACUCAAUUACAAAGAGAAAGAAAGAAAAAAGCGCGAUUGUACUUGUGGUAACUUUGAAUGAAAAAUCUGUGCUUUAGAGAUAAGCACCCUAAACUCUGACAAUUCGCAAUGUUUCGUCGAAGGAUGCUUAGAAUUGUUGUUUGUAUUGCGGACCUACGUGUUUCUGUCCAGAGAUACUUUAACCACUUGACGGCAUUACGAAGCUUGUGUUAGGCAAAAAAAACAAACAAACAAACAAACAGAAUAGAGAAGCAAGCACAUUUUUUGAAUGAAAUUAUUUCACUAAAUAACACAAGUUUCUGGUUUUUUUAGUUGUUGUUUUGUUGUUGUUGUUGUCGUUGUUUUUUGUUUUCUUUUUUCGAAUUUUUCUGUGGACUCAAGACUCAAAAUCUUGUUCCACAAGCAAAUAGUUACUUGUAGGCCUUAUUUGCACUAACCAUGAUUAUACUAAUAACAAAUUUCCGCGGAAAGUAGUUCAGAAAUUGUAUGAAACGCAAUUUUGGACCGGCCAGUCACUGUGUAAGAUGGUGGCGUACUAUCACUGGAUGCCAGCCUCUAUACACACACAAAAUGAAACUGUGUACAAAAAAUAAUUAAAUCAUUAGAUGAAAUAAAAAUAAACUAUUAACAAAAGAUUUAAAAGGUCGGCCCUUUUAACCAAGUGCUUUGCUUUGAUAAGCCCGGAUCUUUCAACGUGACUUCGUCAUUCGGCAUUUUUAUAAGUACCUUUAUGUUUUCUUAUUCUCCAAGAGUAAUACCCCCAAAUUCUUCUGAUAUAUGUUAUAUGAGUAAAAUAGAAAAUAUAUUUUAAAAAGCUCAGCUAAAGCAUUGAGAGCAUACAGCCAUUCCAACGAGCACACAAUAUGUUUAAAGUGAGACAAAGUUAAUAUUAUUGUCAGAAUCUCCGCGCGAGUGGUGGAAUGUGAUUGCGUCUCCGUGUUGCCGGAAUGUACCGCCUCUAAUUGGAUGAAGCACUUUGCGGGUUGUUACUUCUCAUGGUUACUAUUUUUAACAUUAUCUUGCGAUGGGGCGUUUCUACAUAUACGUACCGUGACCGUAACUGAAAGCUUAUUAUAUGCCAUUACUGGUAGGGAAUUAGCAAAUUCAACAAAGCACAAGAACAUUGGGCAAGAUUAAAAAUUUGUUUGCGGUUUAUAUCAGUAUUUUUCCAAUAUAGAAAGAUUAGUUAACAGGGUAAACAAAGCAAAGGAAUAUUCAGAAAGAUUGACUUCCUCUCAUUGGUAUAAUAGUCAGAUGAUACAAAGGUUAGAAUGUUGUGGUUGAUUUAUGGGAAAAUAACCUAAAUAUAAUCACCAUAAAUAGUGCUUGUACUAAAAAAACAACAACAAUAACAACAAACAAUUGGGUAGUACAGUACAUUAGAAGUACAGUACAUUAUAAUAAAUUUCAUUAAAAAAAAAAAAAAGCUGGGAACCCAAAAAGGAGUUUGUUAUCAGUCUUAGUGUUUUUGGUUAACUCAUAAUUAAUCAAAUUAUAUUCAGGUUUGUUAAAUCGUGACGGAAUACAUAAAAGGCUACCUGACCUUGGCUAUAACCCCGAAUAACCGGACUGCUGGAAAUCAAUCAUUUUAAGUAGUGUAUGGAAUAUAGCGUCAUAACACCCUCGGCGUGCUAUUAUCCAUGUAAAUUCUUCAGCGGAAUAAUUGUGAGUCUUACACUGUGCCAUUAACUCCCGCUUGGACAGCUCAUCGGAAAGUCAUUAACUGUGUUUUGUACCACGCAAGGAAAUUAUCGGGAUAAUCUAAGCUUGCUUGCCAACGUAUAAUUUGGUUACUUCUACAGAGCGCAAAAUUGGACAAGUGUUUUUUAGACUCCCUGCUGGUUAGCAGUGUAAAAAAAUCACGCAUGGGUGAGUUGUAGCUUUUGCAGAAAAACGGUUAGGUAGAUGUCGGUGCGUUGUUCUCAUUAUCUGAAGUUUACUAUCCGUUACUAGCUGAAGUGCAUGUAGUUGAAGAUAAAAGGGCAAAAACUAGUCUCAACUGCAGCGUAUUGUAGAACUCUACAAGAAUUGGAACGCAUGAGUUCGCCGACUCUGCCCACUGAAUCAGAAUAGCCCACUUAAAUGCACUAGUUACAAACACAAUCACGAAUCUUCCUCUAGUUUCUGAGGCGUGCGCUUUAUAUUAAUUUAUCCAUUUAUCCAUUUUAUUAUUAUCAUUAUUUUUUUUUUUGACGUUGUGUGAUGCACUAGUUUAAACUCGAUCUUUCACCAAAACCACGAAAGACUGAUUUGAGAGUGAGAAUCUCAAAGCCGAGUGAUUUGAAAUGCAUUAUAUGGUUAAUUAUAGUAAGCUGGAACUUUCGAGACUGUCACAAUUCUGUUGAAUUCAUUAACAUCAACUUCUACCCAGCCCAAGCCGUGCCGCAAUAUUGGAAAUGCAAUCGGGAACUGAAACUACACAAAGACAGACUUAGAAUGACUCAUUCUAUCACAGUAUAUAGAAUAGAUCGGACCAGCAAAAGAAUUCCUUAUUAUGGCAAACAUGAUCCAUUUAACCUAACUUUGGCGCUUUUAUAUUUAGAAAGACAGACUCAUAUUAAGCCAAACUGCUCGAUCUGUUAUCUUGAUAUCUUUUUGCGGUCGUUCUAACGCCCAAGGCGAUAACUGCUCGUCAAACAAUAUCGUUGACCGAAACUUCCGUGAUUUAGAUUUGAGAGCUGCACAUGGAUUUCGAACAUAUUUUAUCAGCAGAAGGAAGCAUGUUUGAGAGUUAAGAAGCUGUAGCAGAUCAUAGGCGCUAUCAUAACUAAAGUUCUUUACUCAGAGAUCGAAAGUCACGAGCGGAAACAUACCUUGGUUUGAAAUUCUGUGCGCCAUAGGUCACUAUCUCUCGUCACUCUAAACGAGUUCUGACUGUCAAAAAAAGAAGCACGCCACAUGUCAUGUCAUUAUAAUUGUGAUGGUGGUGAGGAGGGUGGAAAAUAGGGUUUUCUGAAUUAGGAGAAUAUAGUAGGUGGAGUAAGCUUGGGCGGCCGCCUUCCAAGUGUUCCUGACGGCGACGACGACUGCGGCGGCGGCGAUGAUGAUACUGAUGAUUAUGAUGACCAUGAUGAUGAUGAUGAUGAUGAUGAUGAUGAUGAUGAUGAUGAUGAUGAUGAUAAGGAUGAGGAUGAUGAACAUAAUAAUAAUGAUGGCGACAAACGUGGACAUGAAUAA